AUGACCAAAACGUAAAUAGGAAAAAAUAAUAAUCCUAAUUUAACUUUAAUGAAAAAUUUAGCUCAUUAAAACAAAAAAAAUGAGUUCUAAAGGUUCAGAACUUCAAGCAGGAUAUAAGAAUAAUAAAAUGCUUAUUAUAAUAACUUUCAAAGUUAUGAAGAAGUUAAUUUGCAAAGAAAUGUAUUUUAUUUUGAGGACAGAAACGACUUACUAAUUUUGCUUUAGAAUAAAGAUGAUAUUGAAAAUAGAAUCUAAUGGUUAAAAAUUGGUCUCUAUUAAGGAAAAAAAAUGAAUUCUAAAAGUGAUUAUUAUAUUUUAAUUGAGUACUGGGAUAAUACUACUCUCCUUAAAAAUAUAAGUUAAAACGAAAUUUUUGAAUAUAAAAAUAGAAUGCUAGCAUCAAUAUCUCAUGAAUUAAGAACUCCAUUGAAUUGCAGUAUCUAAAUGCUCAACCUUCUAAUAAAAAAUUUUGAAGAAGAAAAAUUUGAUACUCAAGAAAUAAUAGAAAUGCUUAUUAAACCUGCUUUAAAUUCUAACUACAUUCUAUUAAAUAUUAUUAACGAUAUACUUGAUUAUGCCUAAAUUAAUACUGGAGAUUUUUAAUUAACUUUUACUCGUUUAAGUUUAUUUGAAUUAGUUACAGAAUGUAUUGAAAUGGUUUGUUAUCAAGCUGCCCUUAAAGGUAUACAAAUUGAGUGUUCGUUUGAUACAAAUCUACCAGAGUAUAUACAUUCAGAUUAUAACAGAAUUAGAAUAUUUUUCACUUUGGAAUCUCCAAAGCUAAUUAGGGUUGAUGUAAGUGAUACAGGAUGUGGAAUUCCAGAAGCUAAUAUUAAAGAGAUUUUUGAAGCGUUUGGUAAUAAAUUAAAUUCAAAAUACUUGAAUACAAAAGGAGCUGGAUUUGGUUUGAGUAUUACUAAUAAUUUGGCUAUGGGUUUAGGUGGAAAUAGAAAAAUGAUUGUAAAAUCUAAGAUUAAUGAAGGUUCGACAUUUUCUUUUUACAUAAUUGACAGAGAUUUUGAUAAAUCAGGCUGCAAAUAUAAGUUAAAAGAUGUUUUUAAUCAGUAGAUAAUUAAAUGGGAAACUUGUACCAAAAUAGAAAGUAAAUCUAACUUUGUAAAUACAGGUUCAAGAUAAAAUAUACUGAACAUCAUGAAAUCUUAUCACAUAAGUUCGGAUUAUUCAAAAUAAGUACCAGAAUUUAAUUAAUCAAACUCUUUUAUUUUUGAUAACUCUUAAUUUGAUCCUUUAGAAAAUCAGACAUAUAAAUAAUAUGGAAAAUAAAGCACUAUCACACUAAGUUUAAUGCCAAAAAAAGUACAAACUAAUAGCAAAUCAAGUCAUAUGUAAAUGUCAUCAUCAUUUAACAAUAAUACUAAUAAUUAAUCUCAAACAGAAGGGAGUUUUUAUAAAUAAAAAUAUAAAAAUAAUUAGCAAGAAACUUGCAAUUAUUCAAAUUAAAAGUUAUAAGAACAAAAUGCUGAGUAAUCUUUUUUAAUAUAUUCAAAAGAGGAUAAAAACUCUUUAGCCAUUUAAUAAUCUUUCUUAGUUAUGGAAAAUUAAUUGGACAAGAAAAUUGAAUCUAGCUAAAUUAUUGAAGAAAAUUCUUGCCUUAAUUUUAAUACAAAUAGUACUAAUAAUCUUUAAUUGAGAAAACCAUACUUCUAAGAGUGUGAUCCAACAUCACCUAUUUUGUAUCCUCUAUAAAAUCAAAUUUUGUAUGAAUAAUCUGGAAAUGGUUCUAUAUUUUCAUAAAUUAAAGGAAAAAAACAUAAUUAAAUUUAAAAAACAAUAAUGUUACAGGAAAUGAAAGCCUAUAAUUUAUCAAAAAAUAAAUAAGAGAAUGAACAAUCCUUAAGUACAAUAUCUGAAAAAUUAAAUAAAUAAAAUGCAGAAAAAAUAUGUGAGUGUAAUUAAAUUUUGAUAGUAGAUGAUAAUGAUUUUAAUUUAUAUUCGUUAUAACUGAUUCUAAAAACUUAUGGCUUUGUUGUUGAUAAGUCUAAUAGUGGAAUGGAUGCCAUUUCAAAAGUAAAGCUAAAAUACUCUAAUUAAUCUUGUUGCUAGUAUUACAAAGUAAUUUUUAUGGACAUUGAUAUGCCAAUAAUGGAUGGGCACUAAACAACUACAGAAAUAAUAAAGUUUUAUCUAGACUAAAAAUCAUCUUUUAAGCCUGUUAUUUCAGCAUGUUCUGCAUAUGUUUAAGAUUCUGAAAAAUAAAAAGCCUUUUAAAAAGGAAUGAAGUAUUACAUAACUAAACCAAUCAAUAUUAAAUAGCUUGAAUAAAUAUUAGCAAAGGAAUUUUUAAAUGAAAACAGGUAUAUAAAAUGA